ACGACUGAAAAAAGAGAAAUUGGAACAAUCAAAAGAACAAAAAGAUGUUCAAGAGACAACUAAACUAAGUGAAUCUGCUGACGCUAACAAAAUUGGGGAUAAAUGUAAACUUGAAAGGAUUUACAUUAGUGGGUGUGAGAAACCGAAAGUUUUGCCGGUCGAUGUCAGGAGUGAAAAGGAUAAUGUUGAAUGUAUCAAGUUUGAUAUUGAAUCUGCAAAACGCAAAGAAAAAAUUGCUGAAAUCACUCCAGACUGGUGCGAAUAA